AUGAAGAGUUCAAACCAGAAACAAGAGAAUUCAUUGCAAAUGGCUACACGAGGAGCAACUGAUAGAUCUCGGGUGGCUUUUCCAUUGAAUACCGUCGAAAUUUUGAGGGAGGCCGUCAAGCUACCGGCAAGAAAUGAGAAGUUGAUGCUUCAACUCAUGAUCCUUUUACUUACCCCCUUAUAUCUCCUUGUCUUGAUUCACAAUCUUCUAGCAGGGCCUUUACUGCACAAGGUAGAAGAUGAUUACGAGCAAUCUUCUGUAGAUCAAAACGACGUAAGAUCUCUUCUGGGUAUUGAACUCCUCCUCGCCGGAGUCUUUUCGAUUCUUUCCCUUUGUGGAAUCACGUUAACCAUUUAUGCAUCGUCGACGAUUUAUACUGGUAAACAUGUAGAGUUCAGUGAUCUCUUCUCAUGGAUUAGGGUUUCCUGGAAAAACCCAUUGAUCACAUGGCUGUAUAUUUCUUUCCUCACUGCAAUUUACAUUGUUUUGAUCAUAAUUAUCGUCAAAUUGUUGUCUGUAAUAAUCUCUAGUUCCAUUUGGGGUUGGGUCGUGGGAAUUCUGGCUGUCGUUCUUUAUCAUUAUUUGUCUGCACAGUGGGCUCUAGCUCUUGUAGUUUCUGUCGUGGAAGAAGACUGUGGCGGAAGAAAGGCGGUGAUCAGAGCCAGGAAACAGAUCGCCGGAAGAGAAAUACAAGGGUGGUUUCUGAUGGGGAUUCUGGCAGUAAUAAGCAUUCCGAUCUGUGUUGUGUUCUAUGUUGUAAUAACAGAUGAUGAUGAUGAACUCGGUCCCUUAACUCAGUUUGGUUUUGGGUUCUUUGCAACUGUGAUUCUUUGCUUAGAUAUGUUUUUCACCUUUGUGGUUUUCAGUGUUUUCUGGUAUGAAUGCAAGCAGAGAUAUGGCGAGAUGGAAUCAGAAGCUGGGCAUAGUUUAGUUUGUCAUGAACUUGGAGUUCACAAUUAA